GGGUGUGAAAAAAAUGGUGAGGUGAAGAAUGUUGUGGUUCGCUCAGCGGUUAUGAAUUUAUUUAUCUUAAGAUCUUUAUAAGUAUUCAUUAUUAAAUGUGAAUACCAGUUAUAACUGACAAUUAGUAGAAAAACAAGAUACCGGAUAUCAAGAUACUCAGUUGUAGUUUAUUUUUAGUUUAUUUCCUGUGUUGAUGUACUUUUUGUAUAGUUUUUUAAAAGAGUUUUUGUGUUGUAUUAUAAGUACUUGAUAAGAAACAAAGAAAAUGGCUCUAGGAAUGAAUGAUCCAGAUUCUACAAUGGAGCAUGUUAUGAAAAAUAUCUAUUCAUCUUGUGAUCCUCACAAUUUGAAUAAAGUUCCAACUUCUAAAUUGAUAGAUUUUAUAAUGCCAUAUAUGCUGGAAGACCUUUCAGCUUUAGAGAACCUGAAAUCUCUAUUAGACCCAGAUGAUAAGAAUGUACAUGUCAAUAGUCAAGAAUUUUACCAAGUUAUGAAUGAAUGGGCAAAAAAAAUCACAAGUCCCAGUGAUGAUGAUUUCAACACAACUCCUAGUCAAUUAGAUGUAAUAGAUGAGAAGCACCUUCCAUAUUCACAGUCAACACCUAGAGCUAGUUUUGGUCAAAAACUGUUGCGCUGUGAAGGACUAUUAUUAAACUUAUCCAAUGAGUCUAUUUAUAAUUUAUCAGCUAGUACUCACACCAAAGAAAAUAAUACAGUGGGGACAGAAAAAACAGUACUGGAAGAGGAAGUGAAAAAACUAGAUCAUCAACUGCACAAAGUUCUUAGUGAAAUGGAGAUGGUGAAAAUGCAGUUGACUCAAUCUGAAGAGCAGAAUGAAAAUCUGCAUGCAGAUUUAGAAAGAUGUAGAACAAGAUUAUUGAGUGAGCAACAAUUGAAUGAUCAUUUACACAAAAAUAAAUGCAAUUCAGAGGAACUCAAAGAAGAAAUAACUUUCGGCAAAAAACGAAUAGAGGAGCUCAAUAAAAAGCUGUUAUACUAUGAAAAGGAAAAUGCUCAUUUGGAAAACUAUCUCCACAAACUUGAAAAAGAGAAUACAGAUUUGGAGGAAAGGCUGGAUAACUACAAAAGGAUGGAUCAAGAUCUGAAAAAGGAAAUGUUUGAUAUGAAAACUGAACUAGACAUGAAAGAUCUUGAAGUAGCCAGCUUGAGCAAGCUCAAUGAUGAACUAAAACUCAAACUGGCUGAGAAAAAGAAUUUGGUAGACCAACUCACUAGCGAGAAUGAGCUCUUGGACUACAAAAAACAAGGCCUGGAAAAAAUCCUAUCCUCCCGUCGGUACUCCACCGCCUCCUCUCACUAUACCACCUGCCUGGCCGACGAGUCCAACAGCUUCCUCAAAGGUACCGUUCCCAUUUACUCAUCCCCACCACCUCCAGACUCUCUUUUCGCCUACAACAGCCCCGCUUUUCUCAAAAGGGUGCUGGCGCCUGUCAGCCCCGGUUUAGGUAGCCCUAUCUAUCCUCUGAAGGACAAGCUGGUCCGCCAGCUGAACUCCAGCACGCCGAAAGCGAACCGAACGACGGACUGUUUCGACAUCGGGCCCCACAAGUCUCACUCGCUGACCGACCUCAAUCUGUCGACGCGCUCCAUGCCAGACAUACCAUCAGCCAAUGGGUUCCAGGAGGCCAAUGGGUUCCGGGAGGCCAACGGGUUCCGGCUCCGGAGCGGCGGGGACGACACGUUCGGUGGGUCGCCGUCGCUCGGCUCCGGGCACGUGCCUUUCAUGUCCCUGCAGGCCGAGCUGUUUCAGGUCGACAAUAUUUUCGACUAUAAACUGAAAAACGGAACAACUUGUGACAGCUGCCUCGAUUACGAAGACAGAAUAAAUUCUUUGAAGGUUCAUAAUGAAUCUUUGCAAAGCAAAUUCUACGAACUUACCGAGGAAAACAAAAGACUGAACGCAGAUCUAGUAGAAAUAAGUAAAGAAACCGGAGAUUUGAAACAAAAAUUAACCGACACGGUUUUCGAAAAAUGUGCAAUACAAGAAUCUCUGAAAGAGAUGCAAAAUUUAACGAAUAAGACUGAGAAAGAGAAUAUAUUUAUAGAUUUAAAAGAGAAAAUGAAUAUUUUGAACGCCAAUUUGGUUUCCAAAGAAAACGAACUCGAAGAGUUCAAAAACAAAUUUAAUUUUGAAACGGCUUACAAAAGCUCACAAAUGGAACUGAACGAAAGAAAAAACGAACUAUCAGAACUAAAGCAGACUCACCAAAGGUCCAAAGAAGCCAAUCAGAUACUGGCAAGCAAAAUCCAAGAACUCGAAAAGUCUCUGCAACUGACUAAAGCAGAACUCCAAGAAAAUGAAGAAAAAACUAAACAAAUGUUGGCAUUAAAUCACAACAUAGAACAGACAGCCAACCAAGUGCAAGAGCAUAUCAAUAAUAAAAGCUCUGUCCUACUGGACGUCCAAGAACUGAACAAAAAGUUCCAGGACACUAUAAAAACCCUGGAGAAGGAGUUACACGAUAGAACGGCAGAGGUAAACCAUUUCAAGACAGUUCUCAAAAGUGACGAGGAUAUCAAAAAUAUGAUGUGGCGCAACCACAAAAAAGUCCUCACUGAAUUGGAAAAUCUCAAAUUGGAGCACGAUAAUGUUUCGAAGCAACUAGAAGAAAGUGAGAGUGUUAGAAAAGACUUGAAGGAAGAAUACAGUGCUUUGCUUACAAAAUAUAACGAAGAAACAGUGAAAAAUGUCGAAUUAUCAAAGCAACUUUCUGAUUUGAAUAAAGAACUCUCCAAUGCUGUACAAAAAUACAAUGAAGAAACAGAAAACAACAUCAAACUUCAUCAACAAGUCACAUCAUUGAAAAACGAAGUUCAGCAUAUAAGAAACAACCAAAAAGACGACAAAGAAAGAAUAAACAAAAAAUUAUCGGACUAUGAAAGCCAUAUGCAAAAUUUGGAGAAAAUCAAUGAAGACCUCAAAGCCGAAAUGGAAACCGAAAGGCACAAAGUCAAAGAAGAUAAAAUUUCAGAAGAACUCUGCAACAAACUUUCCCAUUUCCAGAAAAUGCUGGUGAAUCUGGAAACCCAAAUAAGUGAUCUGGAAAACGAGAAGGUAAUACUCAGAAGCGAAUUGGAGUGUGAACGAAAGAAAACCAAGAAAGAUAGUGAAGGAGACAUUUCAUCAGAAAGUAGCUCCUUAUCUUUCACUACAGAAAAAUUAUCUUUGGAACCAAAAAACAGGAGCUUCGAAAAACAAAAACUCACAAUCGACAGACUCAAAGAACGUAUGGAACACUUGCAAUCCCAAUUAUUGAACGAGAAAUCCAGGUGUGAAGUCUUGAGAAAAAUGCUGACAAGUGCGGAAGAAAAACAAGCCAAGAUGGCUCAAGAACUUGAACAAAGCCAUUCAGAGCAAAAUAACUCACAAAGUGCCAUAAAAGAACUAAAAACUAAGUUGAAAUCACACGAAGACAACUACAAACAAAUGUGCCAUACAUCCAAUGAAAAACUCGAAGAAAUUUCGCAGAAACUAGUACAGUUUGAACAAAGGAACACAAAUUUACUCACUGACCUUGCACACAAAGAUGCUCUCAUCAAACAGUACCAGGAUGACAAUACAAUAAGCAAGUCUGUUAUAGAAAACUUGAAGGAGAAUAUGCAAGAAAGCGAUAACCGACAUCAGAGGCUCUUUGCUGAAUUAGCUACAAAAGAAAUUAAGCUAAAAACAGUCUCAAUGGAAAAUAUCGAACUCAAAAAUCUUUCAAACAUCACCGCACAGAAACUAGACAAGCUAACCUCAAAAUGUGCCCAACUAGAGAAUGACUUGACUAAAUCGCAAGCAGAAUUGAAGCUCAAGAAUGGGGAAGUCAUUGCUCUGAUCAAUCGCGUUUGUGAAAAAGACACCAAGAUCCAAUUACUCUUGAAGACCAUUCAGGAUCAAGAAGAAAAGCUGUCUCAAGCGUUUCUAGAGCUCACGCAGAAGGAGUUGGAGUAUAAAACAUUCCUGGAGAAGGUGUCGAAGACUGAUGACCACAAGGAAAAGGAACUGAUGGAUACUGAGCAGAGAAUCAAAAACAACACUGAGGUUUUGGAGUCGAUGGACUCUGAAUUGAAAGAAAUGCGUGAACAUGUCUGUCAGAAGAAAGAUGAAUUGGAGAAUGUAUCUGAGAAGAUUUUCGGUUUCAUGAACAUUAUAUCUGAUAGCAACAAGGAUUUGGCAAGGGCAGUAUCUUUGACAACUGAAAAGUGGGAAAUCAACGUUGAACACGACGAAAACCUACCGUGUCUGAAAAUGUGCCAAACUUUAGAAGUAGAAGAAGGGCUUUUAGUUUUGAGUGAUAAUAUUAAAGUCGCAGUUUCACUAUUAGAAAUACUGUCAACCCGAGCACCUAGUACAAUGGAUGAUUCAGAAAAUCAAAUAACCGUUAUAUCUAAUGUAAGGCAGCUAAAUUGUAAUGACUCUAAAAACGUAAAGAAAUUCACUCUAAGGCCUUCGAGGCUGAUUCUGAAUAGGCCUGUUAGUCCCGAUUCGCCAUCUGUGGAUCUUGAUUUACCUACCGAAUCCCCAAAUGUAGAAUCUGAUAGAGAAUUUGACAGUCCUGAUAGCCAUAAUCAUAGAGAAGUGUCUGAAACGAGUAAUAGCAUAGAAAAUGGUAUCGAAGAUCACUCUGAUAGUCGGUUGCCUACUCUUCCUCUCGAUUUGCCAUUCCAUGAUGCAUUUCCGAAUGUGAGUGAUAACUUUUUGGAAAAACUAGGUCUGCAGGAGAGUAGCCCCAAGAUGAAACUGUCGAGAGACGAAACGGAAAAACUGUUCACCACUUUCGCCAUCCAGAUAGCGCUGGAUUCGAGAGACAUCAAAGAUCGUCUGCACCGGCAAAAGCUCAUCUGCUCGAGACAGCACAGGAAGUGCUUCUAUCUCAUCAAGGACAUAUCGAUGCGACUGCGCGAUCACAGGUGUAUAGGGGCAUCUGAUCCGAUCAACCCUGUGUUCGUUUUGCUGGAAGACGUGAGGUUCCUGUUGCAGGAGAUUGUGCAGUCGUCCGGCCAGUUGGGGAUACUCACCUGCGAGAACAGGAUGGUGAAGUGUUGGAAUUUGGUCACCAAUUAUAUGGCGAUGCUCAAGCAGGGGCCAGCCAAAACAGUAGAGAAGAAAAUUCCGACUAAUAAAUCUCGAGAGAACCGGCCCAAACAAGCUGUAGAAGAAAAUAAGAAGCAAGAAAAAAACGGCACGCAGAGAAAAACGUCGAGUAAGCCAACCAUUGCCAAGGAAGCAAAAGAGGAGAUGAUCAGACAUAGGAGGAAUUGGUUCACUUGCAUAGCUUUAUCUGCCGGAUGGAUCCUCCUUUUCACCUUUCUACUAUUGACAGUACUGAUCUCGAUUCACUGGCAAUGCAGGAUGACAACAGACCAUCAAGUGUGCCCAUUAGAUGACUUUAUCAAGAAAAUACAAAUCGGCAGCCCACCUUAUUGAAUGCUCCAUCUUUUUGUUCGUUAUUCUUUUUUUUUUGUUUUUGGAAGAUUAUUUUUGUUCGUAUAAUUUUAUAAAUUUUUGAUAAAAGUUACUUUAGC